AUGUCUCCUCGUCAACCUAUUCGUCGGUCUAGCCGCAAACGAUCACCCCCUAUCGAUCCCAAAACCGAGCCGCCAGUCUCCCCUCCUAGCAAGAUACGAAAGAUCAAAGCGGAAUCGCCAACCUUCAAAACUCCUAUCAAAGUCAAACAGGAGACAUCCCCAAAAACACUCAGAGAUAGAAAGCUCAAAGCUCACGCUAAGGAUUCGUUAGAUGGUCCAUUCCCUUCGUACAUCCGUCCUACACCUUCCGAAUGUUCCCUUGCUCAUGAGAUUCUCACCUCGAUGCAUGGUCCCCGUGUCAGGCCGAAAGUGGUAGUAGCGUCGAAGGAUCGAGCGGGGUGUGGAGAUAGUCCGUCAGUCUUGGAUGCGCUGGUCAGGACAAUCUUAUCCCAAAAUACCAGUGACAAGAACUCGACAAGAGCAAAAAUCAACAUGGAUAAGGUCUAUGGUGGAAGUGAUCAUUGGGAAGAGAUAGUUGCAGGAGGUCAAGAGAAAUUACAGGAGGCGAUCAAAUCAGGUGGACUAAGCCAGGUCAAAAGCAAGGUGAUCCUACAGAUUUUAGGACAGGCGAAGGAGAAAUAUGGGGAUUACUCGUUAGAUCAUCUUCACAAGGCUUCAACGGAGGAUGCUAUGGAAGAGUUGUUAGGUUUCGACGGAGUGGGACCCAAAACCGCAAGUUGUGUACUUCUGUUUUGCUUGCAGAGAGAAGAUUUCGCGGUGGAUACGCAUGUACAGCGGAUUACUGGUCUACUCGGAUGGCACCCUAAGAACUCUUCAAGGGAACAAACGUAUCAUCAUCUGAACAAGCGGAUCCCGGAUGAACACAAGUAUGGAUUACACAUACUAUUCGUCACCCAUGGGAAAGUGUGCGAUGAGUGCAAAGCUGGUGGAAAGGUUGCAGGAAAAUGCGCAUUGAGAAAGGCAUUUAGAGAGCAGGUGGUAAAAGGCGAGGCGGAAGUGGAAGAGCCAGUGAGGCAGGAGGUCAAACAGGAGAUUGAGCAGGAAGUUAAGCAGGAGACUGGUUGA